AUGCGCCACCUAACACAAACCCUGGGUCUCCAACUCAGCACAUCUGAGAUCCCACACAUUGUGAUGGCAGGCUCUGAAGGAGGAAUUUUUGAAGGUAUCAAGUUCUGGCUUGCCCAACGCCUCCCCACACGCCAGCACUUCAAAGACCUAAUUGAGGAGAAUGGCGGAACUGUUGUGGCUUUGGAUAAAAAGGCAGACAUCCUGAUUGCCGAUCAUUUGAGAAAAGACUGUCCUCCAAAUUCAUACUCAUGGCGUCUCAUUGAGCAGUCGGUCAAGGAAGGCCGUCUUCUCGACAAGGAAGAUUAUCCUGCUGGGCGUCUGGCUAGAGUACCGCGCCCUAUCGCGUCGAGUCAAGUAACGAAGGGACAUCGCUCUGCCUUUACCACGGCUGAUGAUAUGAUCCUAGCGUCCUGGGCUACCAAAAGUGACCACCCCUCAGGCAACAAGCUAUAUAUGGAGUUAGAAGCCAGUUAUCCCCACCAUACGUGGCAGUCAUGGCGUACUAGAUGGGCCAAGGUGUUGCGCUAUCUUUCUCCCGAAGUACUAGAACGGAUGGCCGCGGCUGCCCCGGCCUCUGGCAAUAGAGUACCUACGUCUACCCCAGCUGCCACACGCCCUAGCCAGCGAGCGCAGCCAGACCAGCCAGCGCCAUCCCCCUCUCCUGGGCCAUCUAGUCCGCCCAAACAGGCAUCACAGCCCGUCCGUCAACGAGAAGAACCUACCCGUCAACGAGCGCCAUCGCCUCCUUAUACCUCUACCGACGAUGAUGUGCUCGAGCGACAUGUGCGGGCCAUGGUUGAAAAGGGGAAACUAUGGAAUAGCAGGUCCGUCUACGAAGAACUUGCCAAGAAACACUCCCACCACUCUGCCACCUCGUGGCAGAACCGGUUCGCAGAAAGAUGGCGAGACAAGGAUGUUGAUAUGAGGGAUUGGAACUCGAACCAGCCUCCUCAUAGCCUCCGGUCUCGGCCCACAGAAGACGGCGCUGUGGGCCAGAGAACCCUCCAGAAUGGUGAAGCUAAUGCAGAUGAUUCGGCAUCACCUCGCGGCUCGCCAGAGGCAGAGCCCGAGAAGGCCCGAUUCUACAAAGACCUUGCCAUAUUCAUCGAGACAGAAGAAGACGGUGGAAGAAAUCUGAAAAUGAAAAGGCGGCAUCGCUUCCAAGGUGUCACCUUUGACCUCUGGGACUUGUAUCAAACUGUCCUCAGGCAGAACUGUCCCGUUGACGAUGUGGACUGGGAGCUUGUCGCGGAAGAUAUGGACCUCGACUGGGUCGCGGGUCCCGAAGUGGCCGAGUUGUUGGAAGGUUGCUGGGAUAAAUACCUAGGCAAGUUCCACGAGCUCACGGCCGGCUUCGCAUAUGAGACGCAGGAGAUGGACACGGUAGAAGUUGCCACGUCAGAACUUGAAGAGGAGGUUGAAGAGGUCGUCGAGGAGGUGGGAGAGGAAGAAGAGGUAGAGGUGGAGGCUGAGGAAGAGGUUGAGGAGGGUGUUGAGGAACAGAUCGAGGAACCAGGUGACGAGGACAUCGCAGCCGAAGAGGUCGAAGAGGAAUCGGAAGAAGAGGAUGUCUUUGAGAAGCCAAGCGUUCGUGCUCGACAAGACCAACACAGGAGGCAUACUAUGCCUGCCCUGCGCGAAAGAGAUUCUCUUUUACCUUCGUCUCCACCCGUACGCGGACUUCCAAGACCCGCUCAUCUCGGGCAGUCCUCGCCAACCUUGACAGAUCGCCACCACCCAACUACAACUACAUUGCUUCCGAGUAGGAAACGGUCUCGCUUCAGCCUCCAUUCCGAAAUCCCGUCAACUCCCGAUUCGCAGCUCCAGCCCAGGGCAGCGCGCCAUGACGCUGAGACGCCAAGGAAGCGGCGGAAACUUCGGCACGCCGAGGAUAUUAAUACUAUGGAGCCCGAGCCGGAGGAAGAAGAGGAGGAGGAAUACAUCACACCCUCCCGGAAGCCACCCCUGUCAAGUGCCAACAAGCGCGCUUCUUCUUCUGUCGCCCAUCGUAGGGUGGAAACUGGUAGAGCCGCGAGCAGCGCUGUUCGUAGGAAGACGGCAACGACAGGCGUAACGAAGGAAACUAGGCCUGCGCCCUCCCCUCACACACCCCGACGUCGAGGUGUUAGGAAGACAGCUCAACCCCGGGCUGUGCCACAACCGGAGAGGGACUCGUCAGCGCCGCCUAGGGAGGAACCAGAACAAGAAGGCGAAGAGGAUAACAGUGAUGAGGUAUUUGCUGCCGUGGAGCGCUUCGAAGCGCAAGGCUACUCGCGCGAGACCGUCAUCGAGGGUCUAUACCGCACGUCAAUGGAGCCUACCAGAGCAGAGCUGGUUAUGGAGAGCUUGAAGACCGGAAACGGCGUGCCUAAGAAUCAGAGAGGCGUGUGGACCGUCCGUGACGAUGAGAGGUUAAAGGCCGUUGAUUCGGGUGGGCGUGGAAUCGCGAAGAUGCGGGAUACGUUGCUUAAGAAGCAUGGGGCUGCGACGGUUGAUGCGCGGAGACGGUUCCUGGCUGAUGCUGAGGCGAUUGGGUUUUCACUGUGA